GCACAGCUUCCCCAGCCUCACCUGUGCUCAGACUCCGCGGGGAGGAACGCAGCUGUCAACCCAGUUGAAUCUGACAAAGCUCAGGAGAGACGCUAUGAGUCAGUCGGGGCCUCAGAGCUGAACGGGUUCCCCUGCUCCUCCUGAACCACUGAGAACUUUAUGCAUGGGAACAGGUCGACGUUGGCCCAACUGAGACGUGCUGACGCUGGAAGAGGAGACUUGGUGGAGGGUGGACGUCAGAGAGGUCUUCACAGGUCUUGCCCCGAGUGCCGAGCAUCAUCCGUGCAAGUAUGAAUCCCGUGUGGAAGCUUUAUAAGAGCAAAGUGCUGAAGACGCUGAACCCGGAGUAUGAGGAGGACGCUGCCGAGGAGGUCACAGAGGUGGAGAAUGAAAUGAGUCCAGUGCAGGAGGAGGAGGGGCCCAACGCCGUCUCCCAACUGGCCAAGAAAAUGCAAGGGGCCGGGGCCAAAAGCUGGAACAGACUUUCAACUCUGUUCAACAAAGAUGAUGAGCACCAGCUUCUGGAGGAGACCGAGAGUCCACCAGUCGCUGACCAUCCUCUUGCAGUGAGGCCCGAGGAGCCUCCUCGACCCAACCGACGCUCAGGAUUCUGGGAUAGCUUUUCAGCCAACUGGGCCGCCAAGAAGCAGGCGGAGGCCGCAGCUGCAGCCGCCGCUGCCCCAAGCGAGGUGGUGGAAGGCCAAGGUGAGGAGGCGGUGACAGAGGCAGGAGGGCAGGAGAACCUGGACGGGGAGAUCACUGAGGGAGAGGAGAGCGAAGAAGGAGGAAGGAGCAACAACAGCUUCUCCAAAUACGUGUCGCUGGGAGGAGGCAGCGAGGACGCUCCCUUCAAGUGGAACUUUGUCACCAGUAAGCUGGCAGAGCUGAAGACCAAGAGCAUGACCAAGACCAACUAGCUGCUGGAGGAGAGUGGGAAGGGUGUGAGGCCGGUGGAGGGGGAGGGGGGGGUUUAACUGGUUGUGUUCAAGCAGGUGAUACAUCACACAACAUGUCAUGUAGAUGAACUGAACUUAGGCAACGUCCCUCAGAAAUGUUUUUUAUCCAUCAACCAUCAUAUUGAAGGAAAGAAAUUAUAAUAAACCAGUGUUUUUUAAAAACAUUUAAUUUUCCAUUGCACAAUUUUAGGCCCAAAGAAAAUAAAUAAAUAACUUUUUUCUAGAGCACCGUUCAAAACAGAAGUUACAAAGAUCUUCACAAAGAGGACGAAUUAAAACAGCCAGUUAUAUACUAAAGAUAAAACAACACAAUGUCAUUUAAAAGUAAGAGCAAACGAGUUGUUUGUGUUUAAUUUUCUCGGGCAAUUAGGAACGAUGGCACAUGUGUCUUUGAUAUCUUUAAAAAGAUCAAUGAUCAAUAACUUUAUUCAUAUGUAGAUACAGAAAGAAGAACUUAGAGAAACACAUACUACUGCUAUUACAGAAUCAUGUCACUAGGGGGACUUAAAGACUACAAUAUAUAAAAUAUUCUAUUUUUAUCAAAGAAAUAUUUUACUAUGCCUUGGAAAUAAGAUGGGUGCACUAUGCAAACCUGCUCACACAGCUAAUGGCUACUUCUUUAAUAACUAAAAACACGUGUAGCCAAAGGAGUAAACAGUUAAAUUCAACAGAUUUAUUAUUUCCUCGCUCAUGCUCUCUUUAUUCUGGGGAUCGUGUGGUGAUGUAUCUGUUCAUCCAAACUGCUGCAGCACUGAGCAUGAAGGGGCCUUCACACCUGUCUGCAAACUUGAUCUGAUCUGCAGUUUAGCAAAUACAGGAUUAGGAGAUGAAAGACAGUGAUAGCUGGAUUAGUGGAGGAUAAUCUCACUGAACCUGUUCAGGGGAUUAAACAGUGGAGAGAAACAUAACUAUUGCAUCAUAUUCAUGUCGGCAUUUAAAUGAACUGUGUGAAAUAUGAAUGUGUGUGGUCUGUUCAUGUGAUGAGUUCGCUGACUUGACUUUUUCUGAUUGUGACUGAAAGUGUGAGUUUUCAACAUUCCUAAUUUUGAGACGUAAUUUUAAUAUAUUUAAUGUUGUUUUUUCUCUCUGAUUUAGGUUUUGCUUUGUCGUUUGUAUUAUUCUGCUGCUUUGUUUUCUUGUAUGCUCUAAUAAAGACUGUUGCAUUAAAUGAUCUGA